AUGAGUAUCGCACCUCUCCCUGGAAUUCAACCCAUCAUCAUGUCGCGGCCACAAGUCGGCAUCGAGCGAUUACCAAGUCGCCGUAUGGGCAACGAGCCACGAGAAGCAAUGAAUUGCAAGUCAUGUCGGAAACGGAAAAUUAAAUGCAAUCGAAUGCGUCCAUCUUGCGAAGCUUGCCAAGUCUUCCAAUGCCCCUGUAUCUACGACGCUAUACCAAAAAAACGAGGCCCCAAGACAGAUGUAUUGGAGGCAUUGCUAAAGAGGGUAGAUGGUUUAGAAGCCCAGCUCAAAGAUCAUAGAAAAUCCGAUGCUUCACCAACCACUGAAAAGCUUCCACAUAUUAGUACGGAAGAGACGUCUCCUAGUGCCAGACUGGCCGCAGACGAUUCAGAUUCUGGGCCAAAAUCAAAGCGACCGACUCUAGAUAUUUCUCGGGCAACAGAGAUAACUUCGGAAUCUGCCAUAUACUCACCUACGAUUUCUAGCGAGCCCUCCCCUGGCGUACAGAUAGAUACGCUCCUUGACACUUACUUUUCUCGGUUCCACGCGAAGCCCUACCACAUCCUUGAUGAAUCGUCGGUACGACAACGGCUACAACUCAAUCAAUUGCCUAGUUACUUGAUUUAUGCCAUCUAUUCUGUCGCUGCUAGAUACACAACGCACCCAAGCGGAUGUCAGUCCGCUGCUAAAUUGAGUGAGGAAUAUGCAUUACGAUCUAGGGGUGCGAUCGAUGCAGAUGAGCCGUCCAUCGAUGCUCUCCAAGCCCUCCUUCUCCUCGUCACUGCAUUUACAGCAGCAGGCAAAGGUAAAAAAGCAUAUAUGCUCCUAACGAUUGCCAUCGGAAUGGCCAUGGCCCUUGAGCUACAUCGGGAGGUAAAUCUACAAGCUAGGAUAACAGCUGUGGAACGUGAAAUGAGAAGACGCUUGUUUUGGACUUGUUAUCUCCUCGAUAGAUUCAUGGCAUGCGGCUCAAAACGCCCCUGUCUUAUGAGCGAUAGGACUGUCCUUCUACGUCUUCCAUGCUGGUCUCCGAAUCCAUCUACCUUGCCCGUCGAAGGAGACUUUUUCCAGAACGGGUCAAACCUUCAGCACCUACAAGGUAACGGCAGGAAAUCUCAAGGAAGCAGCGGAAUGCUCAUCGACAUCAGCCGUAUUCUAGGAAUUACAAAUAGGUAUCUUGCAGCGGGAGGUGUAAAAGGCGAUUCCCACUUCCCCUGGCAUGCCCUUUCUGAACUUUCCAAAAUCAGGCAAGAUCUUGAUAUAUGGGCCUCGGGAACUGCCGACGUCUUCUCCAGUGUAGAUACCCUAUUCGGGCAACCUGAUUCGACCGUUCUUGUUCUCAGCAAACUCGUCUACCACCUAAUUCACUGUCUUAUUUACAGACCCUUCCUCCCAAUUGACCUUGCGGAACUGGCUGGGACAGGCCAACAUCAAUCUUGGCAAAUAGAAGCCACUAACAUCUGUUUCUUGCAUGCCAAUGCGAUUGCUGAGCUAGUUGAACUCGGUAGACAGAUGCCAUCUAUCGAAUGGCCCGCUUUUGUUGGUUAUUGUAUCUGCACUGCAGGUACAGUCCAUAUACAUGGAACACAUUACAACAAGAACGGAGGGGGAGAAACUAUGGGUGUUUUAUCAUCAUCAUCAGAGUUCCUAUCCCGAGAACUACAGCAACUAAGCGAGCUAAGUUAUACUUGGGCAAGUGUGCAACACCAACGCGAUACCUUGCAAAGCAUAUACAGUGCCCAUGCCGAAUUAGUCAAGGGCCUUGCUAAUAAUUCAAUGCGCUAUUCCCCGGCUUUCAACCUUGAGGACUUCUUUGACCGCUACUUGACUAUUAGUAGGCCAGGGGGUCGUCCGUUCACGUUCGACGCUACGAAUCUUAGCCUUUCGGAUAUCACUACUAAUUUUGCCACUGAUACUUACUCACCUGAUUUAUAUUCUCCGCGUAUCAAUACUGAUUUCGAACGGCCAAAUCUAAAGCGAAAGAAUACUGCUUUUAAUCAAAGACGACCCGACAUCAGAAGCUUAACCCCAGUUAACGCAGCUAAUAACAGACCCCUGACUCCUGGACUGCCUACCCCUGGAGCCCAUCCUCAGCAUUUCUCUUUCUCUACAGCCCCUCAUACAUCAUCGAUGAUUCACACUUCCAGCUCAUUGCUUCCCCACACAGAUAAUCUACCCAGUAGUACUACCCUAUCAAUGCAACAGCGACGCGAAACAGUCGAUAAUCAGACUACUAGCACCACCGCCACCGGAGCCGGAUUCAAUCCAGCAUCAUACCAGCCAGCCCAGUCGCAAAUGGAAUCUAUGUCAGCGGUCCCCUUCUCCCCGUCGUAUCAUUACGCGACUCCCAGCCCGAGCGGCGACAACGAAAGCAACCUCGGCGUCGCUAGCUACGACCCGAUGUUUGGAACCGUACCAACCAACACCUUCUCCUCCCCCACGCCUUGGCACGGCGAAGAAGACCCCCGCAAGCUACCGUCGCACUUAGCUGCGGCCCCAAGCCCAGGGGCAGGCAGCCAUAACGGUAGUCCGGCCACUGCCCCCGGGGAGGAUAAAGAUCCGUUCUUGAGCUUGCUAGAACAGCUCGCGGAGAAUGAGCAUGCUAUUGGGCAGGGCAAGGAGAUUGAUUUCUUCCUAGCGGGGGCGCAGGUGUGA